AGCCACCUUGAACCAGCGGCUUGUGAACUCAGCUCUGCCCAUUUUCAAGUGAUGAGACCAGGCCACAGGAGCUCCACGAUUCUGGUGCUCUGUGGGGUUCCCUGAGUAUGCAGGUCUCCUGAACUGGUUCCUCAGAAUUCCAGCAUCACUGGCUAAUGUGCAAGGCAUCAUUUACAGAAGGGGAAGCCAAAAACCUUCCCUCCUACCCCGGGCCGACCAAGAUGAGGGACUGCUACUGCACUGUGAACUUGGACCAGGAGGAGGUCUUCAGGACCAAGAUAGUGGAGAAGUCACUCUGCCCCUUUUAUGGAGAAGACUUUUACUGUGAAAUUCCUCGGAGUUUUCGUCACCUGUCGUUUUACAUUUUUGAUAGAGAUGUUUUCCGGAGGGAUUCCAUCAUAGGGAAGGUGGCCAUACGGAAGGAGGAUCUGCAGAAGUACCACAACAGGGACACUUGGUUCCAGCUGCAGCAUGUGGACGCCGACUCAGAAGUACAGGGCAAGGUGCACCUAGAACUGAGGCUGAGCGAGGUCAUCACCGACACGGGCACUGUCUGCCACAAGCUUGCCACACGCAUCCUCGAAUGCCAAGGUCUCCCCAUAGUGAACGGGCAGUGCGACCCCUACGCCACGGUGACACUGGCUGGACCCUUCAGAUCAGAAGCCAAAAAGACGAAAGUGAAGAAGAAGACCAACAACCCCCAGUUUGACGAGGUGUUUUAUUUUGAGGUGAACAGGCCCUGCAGCUACAGCAAAAAGUCCCACUUUGACUUCGAAGAGGAAGAUGUAGAUAAACUUGAAAUUAGAGUAGACCUCUGGAAUGCCAGCAACCUGAAGUUUGGCGAUGAGUUCCUAGGGGAGUUGAGGAUCCCGCUGAAGGUGCUGCGGCAGUCCAGCUGCUAUGAGGCCUGGUACUUCCUUCAGCCCCGAGACAAUGGCAAGAGCCCAAAGCCCGAUGACCUAGGCUCCCUGCGGCUGAAUGUGGUUUACACCGAAGACCACGUGUUUUCUUCCGACUACUACAGCCCCCUGCGGGACCUGCUCCUGAAGUCCGCAGAUGUGGAGCCCGUCUCCGCGUCGGCCGCCCACAUCCUGGGCGAGGUGUGCAGAGAGAAGCAGGAGGCGGCUGUGCCCCUAGUGCGGCUCCUGCUGCACUACGGCCGGGUGGUGCCCUUCAUCAGCGCCAUCGCCAGCGCCGAAGUGAAGAGGACCCAGGACCCCAACACCAUCUUCCGAGGAAACUCACUGGCCUCCAAGUGCAUUGAUGAGACGAUGAAGCUGGCAGGCAUGCACUACCUGCAGGUUACCUUGAAGCCCGCCAUCGAGGAGGUAUGCCAGAGCCACCGGCCCUGUGAGAUUGAUCCUGUGAAGUUAAAGGACGGUGAGAGCCUGGAGAACAACAUGGAGAACCUGCGGCAGUAUGUGGACCGUAUCUUCACCGUCAUCACCAAGUCUGGGGUCAGCUGCCCCACUGUCAUGUGUGACAUCUUCUUCUCGUUGCGGGAGGCAGCUGCCAAGCGCUUCCAGGAUGACCUGGAUGUCAGGUAUACGGCAGUGAGCAGCUUCAUCUUCCUGCGGUUCUUCGCGCCCGCCAUCCUAUCCCCCAACCUCUUCCAGCUGACACUGCACCACACAGACCCACAGACAUCCAGAACCCUGACGCUCAUCUCUAAGACUAUCCAGACUCUGGGAAGCUUGUCCAAGUCCAAGUCUGCCAGUUUCAAGGAGUCAUACAUGGCAACAUUCUAUGAGUUCUUCAAUGAGCAGAAGUAUGCUGAUGCCGUGAAGAAUUUCUUGGAUUUGAUUUCAUCCUCGGGGAGAAGGGACCCCAGGAGCAUAGAGCAGCCCAUCCUGCUGAAAGAAGGGUUCAUGAUUAAGAGGGCACAAGGAAGGAAACGAUUUGGGAUGAAGAAUUUCAAGAAGAGGUGGUUUCGCCUGACCAACCAUGAAUUCACCUAUCAGAAGAGCAAAGGAGACCAGCCCCUCUGCUGCAUUCCCAUCGAGAACAUCCUGGCUGUGGAGAGGCUGGAGGAGGAAUCCUUCAGGAUGAAAAAUAUGUUCCAGGUCAUCCAGCCAGAGCGUGCACUGUACAUCCAGGCCAACAACUGUGUGGAGGCGAGGGACUGGAUUGAUGUCCUCACCAAGGUCAGCCAGCGCAACCAGCAGCGCCUGUCUGUGUACCACCCAUCUGCCUAUCUGAAUGGCCACUGGCUGUGCUGCAGAGCAUCCUCGGACACGGCCACUGGCUGCUCCCCCUGCACCGGUGGCCUCCCGGCAAACAUCCAGCUGGACAUCGAUGGGGACCGUGAGACAGAGCGCAUCUACUCACUGUUCAGCUCCUACAUGGGCAAGCUGGAGAAGAUGCAGGAGGCCUGUGGCAGCAAGUCCGUGUACGAUGGCCCCGAGCAGGAGGAGUACUCCACGUUUCUCAUCGAUGACCCCCAGGAGACCUACAAGACACUGAAGCAGGUUAUUACCAGUGUGGUGGCCCUGGAGAAGGAUCAUGCGCAGCACCGCAGGGACAAGUUCAAGAAGACACGCUACGGGAGCCAGGAGCAUCCUAUCGGAGACAAGAGCUUCCAGAACUACAUAAGGCAGCAGUCGGAGGUCUCCACCCAUUCCAUGUGAGGCUCGCAGUGCUUCCAGGUGGCACCAGCAUGGCAUACCAGGACGUACCGACCUCUCUAAGCCCAGAAGAGCAGAGCGGGCAGGAUGCACACAGGAGGCUCUUGGUCUCCAGUCCCAAUGGGACCAUCGGGCUGGUGGCACAUCGUGGACAUUUAUGUCCCCUCCAGAACCAAGAGGCAGCUGCCAUGCACCUUACUGUCCACCAGAGGCAGGUGGUCCUGGCCUUUCUGGGACAUGGGCUUGUUCGCGUUAUUGCUUACUUUGGUUUCAUGGGAUCCAGGGAUCAACUGAGUGAUCAGGAAGUGUGGACUUUACUACAGCCACACUGAUUCCUGCACAGAGCCACAGCCAGUCCAGCCUGCACAGCCCCUGCCUCAUGCAGAGCUGUGCUGCCAUCUCUGACUGUGCCGUGCUGGUCUCUGCACCCGUGUGGCCCCAGUCUCGAAUUUCUUUAUCGCCUCUGGGGCCUUAACAGCAUUAUUCUUUCCUCACAAAGCUGCUGUCUCUGCAGCCAGUGGCUGACCUCCCUGCCCAGCUCCUGUUAGUUUUAUUCCUGGCCUGAGCAUCCACUUUGUGGCUGGGACAUGCAGAACAGCACAGAGCUCCCAACCCAAGGGACCCUGUGGGGUUCAGAGUGCCAAGGGAGAGAAAGUGGUGUGGGUCCAGUCCCCUCUGGGUGACCACUCAGCCCCCAGGCCCAGAACACAUUGUUUUGCCGUUGGACAGGGUUGAAAGCUAGAAUCUACCUGCUUGCCACAGCUGGAGAAGAUUUUAAAAAUAGAAAUGUGCAUUUUUCAAACUGUUUUUCUUAACUUUUGUUAAAGGACCAUUUUUAAUUGCUCUUUGAAAUAAGGUGACUCAGAACAUCAAAACCUACACACAUAGAAGAGGGCACAUUCACAAAUACCAGCUGUGGUCCUCUCGGGGGACCCUGUGAGGUGGUGGCUAUGUUUUGCCCAUGCAGAAGACUUGAGCAGUGUGGACCUUGAGCCCAGCAAGUGGGCAAGACAGGCCAUUCCAGCCAGACCCCACACUCCACGUCUGUGGAGCCCCUCCCCGGCCAUGUCACCAUGGUACUGCAGGAGGACCUGGAGAGGCCCACCUUGGGUACCGCUGCAUGUCCUCACACAGCUUCUCUCCAUUCUUGCCAGAACAGCUAUAGCUCACUCUUAACCCUGGAGCAGACAGUAACUGUGUGUGUGGUCACAGAAGUCAUGGAGGAAAGUGUGAAAAAUAAACUCUGGACACACAGCUGUGAGGCUGCCCUGAACUGCAGUUUUUAACUUGGAUUUGUAACUUAAUGUUCCUGUUUAUAAAAUACUAAUGAUUUGCAAUGUAUUUUAC